AUUCCUCAGUCCUCGCUCUCCCCACACCCUCAUUCUCUCUCCACCACUUCACCCUCCACUCCAAGCACACCUCAGGUGAGGCGAAGCGCAAAUCCAUGGAGUUCUACGUGGACGAGAAGUGGAAGUUCUCCAAGAAGAGCCGGAACAACGGCAGCUGCAGGCGCGUCUCCGGCGGCGCGAGCGGCGGCGACCCGUUCCUCAAGAGGUCCGCCAGCACGAGGGACCAGGCGAUCGGCCGGCGGUCGAGCGGCGGCGCCGGCGCCUCCUCCUCCUCCCCAGCGAGCGGGUGCGCGGCGUCCUCGUUCUCGAGCCGGUGCGCGGGGCUGGUGAAGGAGCAGCGGGCGCGCUUCUACAUCAUGCGCCGCUGCGUCACCAUGCUGGUCUGCUGGAAGGACUGCUCGUAGCUACAGCCCUCCCGCCGCCGCGCUCGAGAUCUCUCGUGCUCCACCACGCCGUGUUCUCCUCCGGAAGCACAGAAGAAGCGAGGGAUUUCGAGAAGGCGGCUGAUUCGGGUGAUGUAUGUACAGAUCAGCCUUAAUUAGGAGUGUUGUUCUUCUUUUUUCGUCCCAUUUCUGGGAUGUUCCUUUUACCAGUGCUUGAUUAGCCAGUGAUUAGUAGGGUAUUUAGUGCUACGGCCUUGGAUGUGCUACUGCGGGCAAGUUUUGGGAUCGCCUUCCAAAGAGGAUGGGGAUCUGGUCGUCACAGAAGCUAGGUAGCUAGUAGGAGAAACCUCAUGGCAGGGCUAGCUAGGCCUAGCUGAAAUCUAGUGGAUCUUCUUCUUCUGCUACUAUUGUACUGCCACUACAAGGCUGGAAAGUUGUCACUGCCGAUGGAUGAUGUAUAUAGGUAAAGAAAUGAGCGAGACGCAACAAACA